CGCAGAGACACCUCCGGGACCCUCUCGCCAUGGCCUUGCUGGGGCUCAGCCUGCUGUGCGCUCUGGUCUCCUCGGUCCCCUGCAGCCUGGCGGCCCCCCUGGGGGACCCGGAGCCGGCGAGGCACGAGGAGCUGACCCUGCUCUUCUAUGGGGCCCUCCAGCUGGGCCAGUCCCUCAACGGCGUGUACCGGACCACUGAGGCCCAGCUGGAGGAAGCCGGGCAUAGCCUGGGCCUCUAUGACCGUGCGCUGGGGCUACUGGGCCAGGAGGUCAGCCAGGGCCUGGAUGCCGCCCAGGAGCUGCGGGCCAGCCUGUCGGACAUGCAGAUGGAAGAGGAAGCCUUAAAGGUCCAGGCAGAAGCCACAGCCCAGACCCUGAGGAAGGCGGCCCAGGGUCAGAAGGUGCUUUGGGAGAACAUGAAGCGGCUAGAAGUCCAACUACAGGGUGCCAGGCUGGGACACGCCCGCCACCAACUGGAGGCUUUGAAGGCCCGCGCUGACGAGCAGAGUCAUCUCCUUUGGGUGCUGGCGGGUCACCUGCAGCUCCAGCGCCAGGAGCUGGUGUCGCAGCAGGAGAGGCUGCGACAUAUACGCCAGAGAUUGCACGCAGCCGCAGCUCACCCAGCCUGAAGCCAGCCAGCCAGUCCCUCCUGGAGAAACUGAGGACCUAGUCAUGCUUUUGAGGGGGGGGGUGCAGCGAGGGUGCUGCCCCCCACCAUGAGGCGGCUGCAGGGUGGAGGUCACCGCCUGGCAAGUGGGGGGUCUCCCCUACCCCGGGAAGGGGGAACCCCAGCUUCCGGCCAAGUCCAGAAGCCUACGCGGUCGCAGGCCCGGGAUCAGCAGAGGAGUGACCCCCCAAAAAAAAAUAGAAGCAGGGGUGCCGGGGGAGGUCGUGCACCCCUCCAAACCCAACCAGCCCCACCCACCCUUCCAUUAAAACAGAGCGCGGACAUCUCA